CAGUCAAAUUCAACAUGGCAGAUGUACCUACUGAUGCACCACAACAUUGCCCCGGUACUACAAGUAAAGAUGCGGGCAAAGCAUCUAUGUGUGCAGGAUGCCCAAAUCAAACACUAUGCGCAUCUAAUGUUACAAAACAACCGGAUCCUGGUAUAGCUCUUGUCAAGGAAAGACUUUCUACAGUCAAAAAUAAAAUAUUGGUAUUAUCUGGCAAAGGCGGAGUUGGGAAAAGCACUGUAACAUCAUUGGUAUCCAGAUCUUUAGCAGCAACCAAUCCUCAUAUAAAUGUUGCAGUAUUGGAUAUUGACAUAUGUGGGCCAUCUCAACCAAGAGUGUUAGGUGUCUUAGAAGAACAAGUUCAUCAAAGUGGAUCAGGAUGGUCUCCAGUAUACAUAGAGGACAACUUGUCCCUAAUGUCUAUUGGAUUUUUACUUGCUAGUCCAAGUGAUGCAGUAAUAUGGAGAGGACCAAAAAAGAAUGGGAUGAUUAGACAAUUUCUGUCGGAAGUUGAUUGGGGCAGUUUAGAUUACCUGAUUUUAGAUACACCUCCCGGCACAUCGGACGAACAUUUAUCGGCUACAUCUUAUCUUAAAGGUGCAGGUAUUACAGGAGCAAUAAUUGUGACAACCCCGCAACAGGUUGCACUAUUGGAUGUGAGAAAGGAGAUUGAUUUUUGUAGAAAAUUAAACGUCCCAAUCUUAGGUGUUGUCGAAAAUAUGAGUAUUUUUGUUUGUCCUAAAUGUAAGGAUUCUGUCGAGAUAUUUCCUGCAUCGACGGGCGGUGGACGUGCAAUGGCCAAAGAAUUGAACGUAGAAUUUCUUGGUUCUUUGCCGGUAGAUCCGCUUUUGGCUAGAUGCUGCGACGAGGGCAGAAAUUUUUUAACGGAAGUUCCGGACUCGCCAACCGUUCUUACGUUGCAAGAUAUAGUUCAAAAAAUCGUGGAAAAGUGCGAGGAACAGAAAGAAAAUUGUCAAAUCAAUUCAACGUGAUAAAAGAUGUAAUUUUUUAUUCCCGAAAAGUACAUGUGUAUUAAAGUUGCGUAUAAAAACAUGUAAAAAAUUUAGUUUUG